GAAGUGGGAAAAGACCCCUGUGGUCCUCUCGAUUCAAAGCCUCCGAAAGAUGAAAAAUUACGCUGAACUUUUGACGCUCAUCCUUUUUCGUGUUUCUUUCUUUAUUUUCCCCCAUUUUCCCACGACACAAACACUCCCUUCUUCGCACGCAAAUGCUACCAACCCAACCAAAAAUCCUAUUCUCUCCUCCCACGUAUACCAAAGCCCAAUGCACCAGUAAAUGCCAUUGCCCAGCAUUUCAACUAAUAACACAAUUACCAGCCCAUUAUUCACCUCUAAAUUUUUUUUGACAAUAUACAAGAAUGUAGGAAAUUUUUUUUUUUUCACGGAUCCCGACUUGGGUAUCUCAAAGGUUGUUCCUUUUUUCGGUUUUUAUUGUUUUUCCCGAUUUGGGUAUAGCUCAAAAUUGUUGAACUUUUCAAUCAUGGAGGGAGGAAGGUACUCCAAGGAGUUGGAUGUUGCCGUAAGGGUGGUUCACCUGGCGUGCUCUCUGUGUCAGAAGGUGCAAGAGGGUUUGGCAACGACAAAUAGUGACCAGGUUAAGUCUAAGGAUGAUGAUUCUCCUGUAACGGUUGCAGAUUGGAGUGUACAAGCAACCGUUAGCUGGAUGUUAUCUGAAUUCUUUGGGGUUGAAAAUGUCUCCAUUAUUGCUGAAGAAGACAUAAACUCUCUGUCCAGAGCUGAUUCAGCAGGAUUGCUGGCAGCUGUUGUAAACACUGUGAAUGAAUGCUUAGCUGAAGCAACCAAGUAUGGUCUUAGAAGUCCACCGAAAGCCCUUGGGGCUACUCAGAUUCUUGAGGUUAUCAGUCGAUGCAACUCGAGUGGAGGCCCUACAGGAAGACACUGGGUCCUUGACCCUGUUGAUGGAACGUUGGGGUUUGUGCGUGGGGAUCAGUAUGCUGUAGCUCUAGCAUUGAUUGAGGAAGGAAAAGUUGUUAUUGGAGUUCUUGGAUGCCCAAAUUACCCAGCAAAGAAAGAGUGGCUCAAUUAUCAUUAUCAACAACAUCAAAUCAUGUCAAAUUUGUCUCAACCGACUUUGAAUAUAUGGGGAAGAGGUUGUGUGAUCUAUGCAAUGAAAGGCAGUGGUAAGGCUUGGAUGCAGCCAUUAAUUCAUGGAGAAAACAAGCUUGAAUGGCCAAAUUCUGCUACAUUGGUUCGGGUUUCUUCCAUUGAUGAUCCAGCACAGGCUACUCGUUGUGAACCUGUUGAGAAAGCAAAUUCAAAUCAUUCCUACACAGAAGGACUUGCCCACAGUGUAGGGCUUAGAAAGCAGCCCCUUCGUGUCUACAGCAUGGUGAAAUAUGCAGCAAUAGCUCGUGGAGAUGCCGAAAUUUUCAUGAAGUUUGCAAGCUCUGAAUACAAAGAGAAGAUAUGGGAUCAUGCUGCAGGUGUCAUCAUUGUGGAAGAGGCUGGUGGUAUGGUAACUGAUGCUGGAGGUCGCCCACUGGAUUUCUCAAAGGGUGUGUACUUAGAAGGUCUUGAUCGUGGCAUAAUUGCUUGCUCCGGGGCAACGCUACAUGAGAAAAUCAUUAACGCUGUUUAUGCUAGCUGGGAUUCUUCUAACUUAUAAUGAGAUUUUCUAUUUCUUCCCAAAACUGAUUUUUGCAGUAUUUGAUACCUUUCAAGAGGGCAAGGCAUCUGCAUUGCAGUGAUAUGUAUUUUGCAUUACCAUUGACUUACUCAUUUGACAUGUCCUGCACUGAUCCAUUUUGACAAUUUACUGAGAAGAUCUUGUGAUCAAGGCAUUAAGCCAGUUUUGAGA